CCCUGCAAAUUUAGAAACACCACCCUUAGGACCCAUUUUCUUCUUGUCCUUCCCGCCAUGUGAAGAGCCCGACAGAUGUUCUACAAUAUUUACCUUAGCCCCUCCACCUCUUCUGGCAAGCCCUUCCUCUCGGAUCUUCAACCGCGUGAGCAGUUGCUCCAGAUUCAGCUCCGUUCAUUUGAGCUUGAGGUCGGCUUAGAUGUCUUCCCACGACCGGGGAAGUUUGUGGAUGGUGGCCACCACUUGGAAGGCCUCGCUGACGCCUACUUUUUCUUCAUUGCAUUUGUUGAAGAUUACCAUAAGCUCCUCAGCCUGGGCGACAACAGAUUUGCUGUCGACCAUCUUGUAGUCCAGCAUCUUCCCGACGAUGAACUUCUUCGUUCCGGCAUCUUCAGCUUGAUACUUCUUGUUCAAGCUAUUCCAAAGCUCUUUUGCAAGCUUAGCACCGGCAUAGACGGGGUACAAUGUAUCUCCCAGCCCUUCAAGAAUAAUAUUGAUGGCGAGAUAGUUGUUGUGGUACCACGCUUGGUUGACCAUCGCCACAAGGGGGUCGUUGGCUUCAUUGGGCUGGGGGGAUCUUGCUGCAGGUACUCAGCAAAUCCUAGGACGGUAAAAAAGAACAUCAUCUUUUGUUGCCACAUUUUGAAGUUCGUGCCAUUGAACUUCGGUGGCCUUUGGACCGAGCUAGCAGGCACUGAGAUAGCCCCAACUGCAUUGGGCGUAUAGAGGAAAGGCCCGUUGCUCGCCCAAUGCGGUCCAACAAACGGAUUGACCGGUGCGGGGAAACCCGCGUUCGGUCCAAAGUUGACCAUUAAGGCCGAAGCCAUGGUCGGUCCAACAAACGAGUUCGAAUUGCCGACGGGGUAAUUCCCCGU